GAGAGAGAGAGCUCCUGGGCUCACAACCUGCUGCUGCCGGCGCUCCUCUCCAUGCCUGGUACUAUGAGGAAACCACUGGUGUGGUAAAGGUCAUUCCAGAUUUCAUCCACAGCAGCGGCAUGUAUCCUGUGUCCUAAGCCAUACUAGACGAGUGUUGCAUCAUGGGUCAGCAAUCGCGCCACGUCGUCCGGAAGAAGCUGCGUCCAGCACGGGUGCUUGCAGUCCUCCUUGGGAUCUUGGCAAUAAGCUCAGUUUCCUUCUCCACCCUCGGUGCCUUCUCCUCAUCCUCCUCCUUGGGGAGCUCUGCUUCCCAGUCAGAGGAGCCUCAUGGCUCUGCUCCUCACAGGACUCUCCUCUCAGUUAGUAUCACCAACGCAUCAGGGAACCAAGGCGAGUAUCCUGAGGACUUGUUCACAUUGGAACAGCGUCGCCAAGGUGCAGUCAUUCUGCACAUGCUCGGCAUGCUGUACAUGUUCAUCGCAUUGGCCAUCGUGUGUGAUGAGUUCUUCGUGCCAGCACUCACAGUCAUCACCGAGAAGCUGGCCAUAUCAGACGACGUGGCUGGUGCCACCUUCAUGGCAGCCGGAGGUUCUGCCCCCGAGCUCUUUACCUCCGUUAUCGGCGUGUUCAUCUCGCACAGCAACGUCGGCAUCGGCACUAUUGUGGGCUCGGCCGUGUUCAACAUCCUGUUCGUGAUCGGCAUGUGUGCCGUAUUCUCGCGCGAGAUCCUCAACCUGACAUGGUGGCCACUUUUCCGUGAUGUCUCCUUCUACAUCCUCGACCUGAUCCUGCUCAUUGUGUUUUUCCUGGAUAACUUCAUCAGCUGCUGGGAGAGCGUGGUCCUGCUGCUGUCCUACGCCGCCUAUGUGCUCUUCAUGAAGUACAAUGCCCAGGUUGAGGGGUUUGUCAAGGGCUUGAUGAACCGCAACCAGGUGGUGGAGGUGGCCGAGACAGAAAUCAACGCGAAACCUUCAAGGCAGAAGGACAAACCAGAUGUGUCCGCCAAGCCGAGGCUGCAGAGAGGCGGAAGCUCGGCGUCGCUGCACAACAGCCUGAUGAGGAACAGCAUCUUCCAGCUCAUGAUCCACACACUAGACCCACUUAGCGAAGAGCUGGGGACUUAUGGAAAGCUAAAAUAUUAUCACUCAAUGACCGAAGAAGGAAAGUUCCGCGAGAAAGCGUCCAUCCUACACAAAAUUGCCAAAAAGAAAUGCCAAGUGGAAGAUGCUAACGGAGUAGCCGAUAAAAACCUCCCGAACAGCUCCAGCGUGGAGGUGGAAGUUUCUCCACCUCUAAAUGGCACCGCGGGGCAAGAUGGCGACGUGGGUGACGAAGAUGACGAGGACGAUCAGCCCCUGAGUCUGUCGUGGCCCGAGAGCAGCCGUAAACGCUUCACGUAUCUCUUCCUCCUCCCCAUCGUUAUACCGCUGUGGAUUACCCUGCCGGAUGUCCGUAAGCCUACAUCCAAGAAGUUUUUCCCCAUCACGUUCUUGGGCGCCAUCUGCUGGAUCGCUUGCUUCUCCUACCUGAUGGUGUGGAUGGCUCACCAGGUGGGUGAGACCAUAGGCAUCACGGAAGAGAUCAUGGGUUUGACGAUCCUGGCAGCUGGAACCUCCAUCCCGGAUCUCAUCACCAGCGUCAUCGUGGCCCGAAAAGGUCUCGGGGACAUGGCGGUGUCCAGCUCGGUCGGCUCUAACAUCUUUGACAUCACCGUAGGGUUACCAUUCCCAUGGCUCAUGUACACUUUGGCGAACAAUUUGAAGCCCGUGGUGGUGAGCAGCAACGGCCUCUUCUGCGCCAUCGUUCUCCUCUUCAUCAUGCUCAUAUUCGUCAUCAUCUCUAUUGCCGCCUGCAAGUGGAAGAUGAGCAAGCUCCUGGGCUUCAUCAUGUUCCUCCUUUACAUCGUCUUCCUGGUGGUCAGCGUCAUGCUCGAGGACAAGAUCAUCGUCUGCCCCGUUUCCAUCUGAUGCACGCAGUCCGUUUCACUCACGCAGUCCAGCAAAGCUCCCUUUCGGCGAAGCUCCGCCCCUUCUCAUCAUGGCAGGAGCUUGAAAUCGAACCUAAACCUCAGCUGUAGUUCCUUUAAAAUCUACCCCUUUAAGACCUCAGCGUCUCUUUUUUCACCAUAUCUUUCGAAACAUUUCCUAUAUAAACAUACUGCAGCGUCUUCGCCAGAAUCCUCAUCCAUGUCCAUUCAAACCCUGCGUUUGUCACAUAAGACUUCUUCUUGGCCUUCAACUGGAAUGGCUGGAUGUUGUGUGAAUUUUUUUGACUUUUUUGGAUUCUGGAUCUUCUGUAGUGGAUUUUUUGGAAAGUUAUUUACCCAGGAAUACUAGUGCUGAGCGAUACUUUAAAAUUUUAAAGGUAGAGAAUCGUAAAAUGGCGACUUUAAAGAAAUGUAUCUACUCAAUUUUCGUUUACCUUUUUUUUAAGAAUGCAGUAAUAAUUAGGACAACAUGAAACCUACUGUAGCUGUAAUGGAGUUAAACCAUUAUGUCAGAAGUUACAGCAAUAAAAUCAUAUCAACAGGACGUAGAAAUCUGAAAAAUACAAACAGUUUAAUGGUUUCCAAUAUAGUCAGUAAGAUCAUUUCCCAUCACACUAAUGCAAAAUGGGACAAUUUGUCCAUGACUAGACAUCACAACUCUAUUACGUCGGGAGAAACAGAAGUCAGGUAGCAAAAAUCUAAUUAAAAUCUAAAUCUAAUAACAAGAAUGAAACUGGAACAAAAACCACACAGCGCUGUUGCUAUGGAAACCAUGACACCCAGUACAACCCUUUACACCAUUUAGCUUCUGUAGUAAAGGAAGAACACUCAAUCGUCCAUUAUGUUUAAAUUCUACAGAGAGCGUCAAUCUUUAGUGAGGUGAUGAAAGUAAGGUAUUAAUUUGUAGUUAUGCAUUAUUAAAUGCAACACUUAAAAGAUGUAUAACUGAAUAAUAAGCUGACAU